AGAAUAAAGCGACUGUAGCGUGACGCACGGCAGCACUGAGACUUAGAAGACAGCAAAGUGAACAGCGAUGGGAGACGGGCGACUGAAAUGCAAUCCACGUCGUUAAUGGCAGUGUCUUCUUUUGUGUUUUUUUGCUCAAGUCUCAGCCAGACCUGUGUGCCCUCUCCACGUUAGUGCUCCGGCUGCUGAGCCACGUCUCCUCUCUGGGUUUGCGGCGUGCCAUGCGUCUCGGCAACAACCCGCUGGUCUGAUGGGGCUUUUAAGGAUUAUGCCGCCGCCGAAGUUUCAGCUUCUGGCCGUUUUGGCUUUUGCCGUGGCUGUGCUCUUCAUCGAAAAUCAGAUCCAGAAAUUGGAGGAGUCUCGGGAAAAGCUAGAGCGCACUAUAGCCAGGCACGAGGUGCGGGAGGUGGAGCAGAGACAGGCACACGACCUCGUCCGAGAGACACCAGCGCCGGACGACCUUGACGAGCUCGUUAUCAUCUACAACCGCGUGCCCAAGACGGCCAGCACCUCCUUCACCAACAUUGCCUAUGACCUGUGCUCCAGGAACCACUUCCAUGUCCUGCACAUCAACACCACCAAGAACAACCCUGUCAUGUCCCUGCAGGACCAGGUGAGGUUUGUGAGGAAUGUGACUUCAUGGACGGAGAUGAAACCAGGGUUUUACCAUGGCCAUGUGGCAUACCUGGACUUCUCGAAAUUUGGAGUACGGGCCAAGCCCAUCUAUAUCAACGUUGUGCGCGACCCCAUCGAGCGCCUGGUCUCCUAUUACUACUUCCUGCGCUUCGGAGAUGACUACAGGCCAGGCCUGAGGCGGAGGAAGCAGGGGGAUAAAAAAACCUUCGAUGAGUGCGUCACGUCUGGGGGAUCUGACUGUGCUCCAGAGAAGCUCUGGCUGCAGAUCCCGUUCUUCUGUGGCCAUUACUCCGAGUGCUGGAACGUGGGCAGUCGCUGGGCUCUGGAGCAGGCCAAGCUGAACCUGGUGAACGAGUACCUGCUGGUGGGCGUGACGGAGGAGCUGGAGGACUUCAUCAUGAUGCUGGAGGCUGCACUGCCCCGCUUCUUUAGAGGAGCCGCUGACCUCUACCGCACAGGUAAGAAGUCCCACUUGAGGAAGACGAGCGAGAAGAAGCCUCCCACUAAAGAGUCCAUCUCCAAGCUUCAGCAGUCAGCCAUCUGGAAGAUGGAGAACGAGUUCUACGAGUUCGCGCUUGAGCAGUUCCAGUUCGUCCGAGCCCACGCUGUGCGGGAGAAAGACGGCGAGCUGUACGUACUUACUCAGAACUUCUUCUACGAGAAGAUCUACCCCAAGGUGAACUGAAGCGGAGAGACGAACGCCCAGUCCACACCGAAGUCCACUUCGACCACCGUAUCGUCCGUCUUACACACCGGGAGGAGCGGAGGAGAUCAUCUCAGGGGGCUCAUACAUCAGCCCCGCGGGUCAGAUGGCGGAGCUUGGCUGGAUGCCCCCACGCCGUAUCUGACCUCCUCGGGCUGAGAACACUGGCUGCCUGCUGUAUAUACAUGUGCUGGUUAACUAGUGCAGAGAUGGAGAAGUUCAAAAUGUCCCUGGUGCUCACUGGCGCCAUCCCCUGGAGGGGAGAGGCCACGUUUGUCUGCUGUGGUGACCAUUGAACAAUUUUUAAAAUCUGCAGUGCUCUGGAGAAUCUGAGCCCUGUUGAAGCGUUCUCUUUUGUCAGAUUUUGUGACAGCUGGGACAAAUUUAUCAUGCACAUUUUAAACAAAAUAAAAUACUGCAACAAGCUACAGAAUUUUCAUAAUUUGUUUAGAUUUCUGAGAGAGAGGGGGAGAGUAAACCGAUGUUAUGGUUUUAAAAGGGAACGUGAACCGGGUGAAGGGACUUCUCUUUUGUAGCAGGCAGUGGUACAUUAAAAGCACCUUCUCGUUUUACUACCAUGUUUUGUUUUCAUUGUUCUUAACUUUCUCUUCUGCACUGUGUACAUUUUGUUGGUUGGUUUGUUGGUUGGUUUGCGUGUUUUUAAUAAUAGAACUCCCUGUACAGUGUUUACAGAAUUUUCGCGGAAGUAUUGGAGCUCAAAUAAAAGAUGGUCAAAUGGAACUCAGACCUGUACAUAUUAUAUUUACACAAACCUAUUUAAUGUAAUCGGACCAAAUGGUUAGAAGACAAAGUCGUAGAAGUUGAACAUUUAGUGCUAGUGUGCAGACGCUAAAAUAAUUUGUAUCUCGGAGUGAAAUGAUUGAUGGAGAAAAACAACAAAAACUCAUGGGAAAUUUCAUACAUCUGUUUUCCUUAUAUAUGUUUUCCUAAUCCUCUUUCCAUCAUGCAAUCCAGUGAGCGUUCUACUGAGUAAGAUGAAGGUGUGGCUGAUGUUAUCCUCUUGGCAAGGGCUUUGUGGAUCCUGGGAGGAUAACCGAAGUCUUUCUGAAAAAGUGAUGCCUCCAAGCUGUCGAAGGGCACUGGAGGCCUCGGAGCGAAUGCUAAUGGUAGCGCUGUAGUUGAAUCUGCCCUAAAUAUAAGAGUGUUCCAUACUAGGAGGGGCCAAGAUGCAAAACCCUGUCGCAGCCGCCUGGAGAGACGUUGCGGCAGUAGCCCGAUACCCUCGUGGUCUGCUUAGUCUCCCUGAGUGCGACACGCACACUCAAAUCCCCGUUUGCUUCAGACUCGAUAGUGCCUUCAUGACCAAAGCUCUCGGCUUCCGUCGCCCCAACAGUUCCCAGUGCCGCUGACUUCUCCAGCCUCCACUGUUUCUGGAUUUCUUUUCUUAUUGUCCUGCUUGUUUUCUUGGUUGAAAUGGUCUCUAAUUCAUUUGAAAUAAAUCCUGAAAUCUG